CUAUUGACAUCCUGAAGGAGUUGCUGACCGGAUGUAGUACCACAAAGCAAAUGAAUAAAGAAAUUUAUUCAGUUCAUUCAGUCGGGAUCAGUCUCUUAACCGUACUAGUUCUCUAGUCAAUUUUUUUUUUAAGUUUUUCAAAUUUAAAAAAUAUAAAUUUAAUAAUAUCGUUAUUAAAGAAAAAUAAUAAACAUCAUUCAAUAAAAACAUUACACUAACUUAUUAGGGUAAAAAAAAAAGUUGCUGUCAAGAUGGACGAAUACGACAAAAAGUUCGCAGAAAUGCAAAAAUACAUUCCCUUUUUGGAAGUUAUGAUUGAUAGACUUCAAAAAGUAACUGAUUCUUCCCGGGCGUUACAGUUACAAAAAAUGCAACAGCUUCAUGGAAUUUUAACAAGCAAGAAAAGAAAGUUAAAGCUUGAGACCCUGAAGAAAUGUGAAGCCGUCCUGUUGAAACUGCACAGCAAAGUAGAUAAGGGCGCUAAUGCAUUGGCUUUUCCAGUUAAGAAGAGUGAGGGUACUGCCGAAAUAACAAAUGAUCCAAAAUUGACGGUGGAAGUGAAACUUGAGGAAUCUCCAAAUCAAAUCAAAGAGCCGGACAAAGCCAAGGUCAAAUCUGAAGCAACGCCAGCAGUUGGACAGCAAAAAGAAAUAAAAGUAAAAAAAAAAAUGAAUGAAACUCCAGCAAGUCCAAGUCCACCAGCUAGUCCAGAUCCAGAGAGUUCUUCAAAUAAUAUUCCUAUUGUAAUUCCUACUGAAAGUGCUCCUGGAUAUGCGAGUAAUGCAAUUGAUAAACCAUCAAGUCCUGAUCAAUGUGAAACUUUAUCUACGAAAAAACCAAUUGUUAUUCCUACUGAGUCGCGUCUUAAAAAAUUAGAUGAUAAGUCGAACAGCCGAUCUGAAUUGCCAGCGGGUGUGACUAAUUCUCCUGUAAAUAGUUUUGAUGAAUGGUCUAUGCUUGAAGCAAGCGAGAAAUCUGCUAGUAAGCUCGGGCAGAAUAAUAAAGAUUCGAAACACAAUAGAAGGCAUAUGUCUGUUACGCCAAGCUCUUCUGCAGUUUCGAGAAAAUUUAGUUCUCCAUCGGACAAAAAUUCUGACAGUGGUCUUUCAGAUGUAGCAAAAGAAUUGAUUAAAUCAAAUGCACUUAAACAAUGUAGGAAUGAAUCUCCUCCUGAUCCUUUUAGAUCUAAAAAGACUUCGACUCUAUUAGUAUCACCUCCAACUGAUAGGUCUGCACCAUUAUUAUCGAAGUCAGAUUUAGCUGAGCUUCUUAACGAUAAUCCCACUAAAAAUACAGAGAAAAGUGAUAAGAAAAAUACUAAAGAAAGAUCAUUUGUAGAAAAUAGAAAAUUAGACAAUGAGAGAAAAGGAACAAAAAAUCCUUCAGAAAGUAUUGAUAAAGAUAGUGAGAGACGUUGGGAGGAAGUAGAUAAGCAUAUUGUUAAAAUGACACCACGAAACAAUAUACCUCUAUCCAAUAGCAGAUCUGAUUCACUUAAAACUGAGUUAAAACCGCAAACACAUUCCAGUAAUAAUAAAAAUUAUAUCGAUAAUUAUGAUCGGAAUCCUCGACACUCUUCCGACUUUCGUAACAACCCCGAUCCAAAUGUUCAAAUACCAAACAUAAAUGUAAUAAAAAACGCAUUAUCUCGUAUCUCCGAAGAUGACUAUGCCAAUCUAGCAAAUAUCCACAUACAUAAUGAGGGUAUGACAAAUGCUGAUGACCGAAAUUCAAUGCAUCACCGUCGAGCACCGUCACAUCCAUCUAAUGACAUGCAUUCACAUAGAGGUGGACCUUCAAGUUAUUCCGGAUCUGCAGAACCGGAUUUCCGGCGAGAAAAUUUAGAUUCUAGAUAUCAAGAUCACUAUGAUAUGCAUAGCAAUCAACCACCGAUGCACCAGCAACCUGGAGGAAAUUCAGGAUUUUGUGGUCCACAAUGGAGAGGACAGAAUCCAAAUAUACGCGGGCAUCCAAACGGGUCUCAAUUGUCUCCUAGACAAUCUCAUUAUCAGCAUCCUGGAAAUUUACCACCUUCAGACAACUGGAAUGUAGCAAAUCCUGGAGUAGUAGAUAGUUAUUCUCCUCAUCAUAUGCAAAAUCAAUAUGGGCCAAAUUUAAAUCGUGGCGGAAGGUCGAUGAUGAGUCCUAAUAACGAAAUUAAUUUUCCAGAAGACAGGUCAUUGUCAUCAUCUCCUCACUCAAUACCAUCCCUUAUGUCUCCUAAUAUUUAUCCUCAGUCUAAAUUUAAUUCUUUUCCGCAUGAGAAUCGUCCCAUUGAGCAGCCAUUCGAUCGUCCUGCUGAAUUUUCACGUGGACCCGCCAGACAACCGUGGGAAUCCUUACAAAAUAGAACAAAUGAAGCACCUUUUGAGAGACCUAAUGAAUACUCUCAUGGCCCAGCAAGACAACAAUGGAGUGGCCAACCGAAUAGACCUAAUGAGAUACCUUAUGAAAGGCCCGUUGAAUAUCCUCACGGUCCUUCCAGACAAGCGUCUUGGGAUACUCAGCCCAAUCGAACAAAUGAACCAAACUUUCAUGAAGUACCUCGAGGAAGGGGAACAGAUGGCCCUUACGGCCGGCAAACUAAUACAGAUCUUCCGCCUUGGAAUCGUGGUAACAAUGACCCUCCUAACCGAGGAAGAGGUGGAGAUCGUUUCACAAACGAAAGAGGCAGAACUGGAGACUCUUCUUAUGGUGGUUACAAUCGUCGAAGUGAGUGGGAUCGUCCUCCUUCAUCAACGGAAAAUCCUAAUCGUUUUGGAAUUAGAGAUCCGCGUUAUCGGUCAGAACCAACUCCUCAACAACCCAACAACUCAAAUAUUUCAAAUGUAAGAAGAGAUCCUAGAUUAGUAAAAGAUAAUAAUUCUCAAAUUCCUACAAUAAGUAAUAAAUCUAAAGAAAAUCCAUCGUCAGUCUCACGAGAUCCAAGGCGAAGAAACUCAGAAACUAAGGAAACAAAUAAAUCACCAAAUCCAAAUAAUAUUGUGCUUACUAAUAAAAGUAAAGUUGUUGAAAAAACAAAAGACACUACAAUCCGCGAUGAUUCAAAAUCAAAAAAACCUUCUGUUGAUAGUAAACCGAGUAAUGAAAAUACUAUCACUGAAAAACUGAAAAAAGAUAUUGAAUCAAUGAAAUCACCGUUACACAGUCUUUACGGUGCAAUAGAUACUACGGCUAAAACCGGAAAAGGUUAUGGCCUUCAAAAGUUUAAAAUACCAAAAAUUAAGAAACCAAUAACACCUCGUCCCCCUACUCCUCCGCGACCAAGUCCAUCACACUUUGAAGAAAAGUGGGAUGUAGAUGUUGCAGCUGUAAAUGAAGAAAUCGAAAAAACCCAAAAUGAUACAAGUGAUAAAUUACAAGACGAAAAGAAAAUGGAAGUUACAAGUACAACUGAAGAAUCUUCUGAAAAUUUAAAAUCUAUAAGUCCAACUGGUAAUUACCAAGGUUCUCAAAUGUCAGAAGCAGAGGCGACAACUAAAGUUGUGUCUAUGGAAGUCGAUGAAGAUGAAAAUCCUCCAAAAGAUAUAAAAGAAGAAUCUGAAAUAACAGUUGAUACUUCUACUGCUUCAAAAGAAACUGAAAUUAAGAGUCAAUCUACUCAAGAAGAUUCACUAAAAGUAACAGAAACUGUUACUCAAGAGCUAAUUGAAGCUUUAAUUAGAAAAUCAUUGGAAUCUGGUGAAGGUAAGAAACUUUUAGAACAAGCGAAACUUUUAGAAAAGCUUGGAGAAGCUUUUAAUGCCAAAAAAUAUAAAAAAAUAAGGAAAAUAAUAGAUUCGGAAUCUGAAAGUAGCAGUUCUGAUGAUAAAAAAACAAUUGAGAGUCGUAAGAAAAUUUUAAAGAAGAAAAAGCCUGUUAUUGAAUCUGACAGUUCAGAGGAAGAAUGUUUAGCGAACAGACUUGAUACUGUAAAAGAAUCGCCACCAAAAACUCCUGUGAAAGACCGUAAGACUAAAAUUGAUACAGAAACUAAAAUUAAUAAAUCAGAAUCUGAUUCAGAUAAGAAAGAAGAUGCUGAAUUAAAUACAAUUGUUGAUGAAGAAAUACUACAGGAUGAUGUUGAAAAUAAAGAAGAUGAUGAACAAUCACAACGCAGUGAAAUUGAAGAAGUAAAGAAACAAAUUAAAACACCUGUUAAGAAGAAACGAAGAGCAAAGAGGGCUACAGUGAAGAGGAAAACUAAAAAAGUUGAAGAAGUUAUAAAUGACGAGAUUGAAUUACCUAAAGAAGAUAAAGAAGAGGAAGUUACCAAACCUGCUGGGAAACAACGAAAACAACGAAGACGAAAUUCUUUGGAAAUGUUACAAGAAGAUAUACGUGAAAUGUUUAUUAGUGAGGGUGUAGUAACUGCAACUGGUCAUCGGAUGUGUAGAUUAAUAAAAGAAGCACAAGGUAAUUUACCAUCUAUUGAAAUUGAUGAUAAAACAAAUCCUCUCGUUGAUGCAAGUUCAUUAGAACUUUUAAAUGAAAUGAAUUCAGACGAAUGUGAAUUCAAUUUAAGAUCUCGAUCUCGAAGUAGUAGUAAAAGAAGUAAAACUCCCGAUGAAGUGGCAUUUAAACCCAAAGAAACUAGAACACGUAGAUGUACUACUAAACUCUCGAAAGAAAUUAUAAGUACUUCUGACAGUGACGACGAUGAUGAUAACUUAGUUUUACGUAAUACUAAUUCGGGCAGGAGAUCAAAAGAUCCUUUAGCUGUAAGUCCUACUUCUGAUGAUAAUUUAGAUGAUUCUGGGCCUACUCUAAGAAGAAGUGAACGAGUUGCCUUAAAAGAACCUCGUGUCGUAAUAGAAAAAACCGAGCUAUCAAAAAUAGAUUCUUCUAAUGUAUUUGAUACUUCGUCUGAUGAAAGCUUUGGUAUUGACGUCACUGAGUUGACCGCUGCCGUUGAUAUUUCAUUGCAUCCUGAACGUAAUUUAGCUGGGCAAGGAGCUGGUUCUUCUAAAGUUUCUAAGAAAAAGCAAAUAAAGAGAGCGAAAAAGACAAAAAAUAAAAAAACUCUUGAUGCAACUGAUAGGAAAUCUAAUAAUACUCCUUUAACAUUUGAUGAUGACGCCAGCAUUGCUUCCGACGCUUCAGUAGCAAGCAGUAAUGCAUCUGCUGUCAAAAAAUCAUGUAAUCCAACAUCGACUGACACUAAUGAAGAAUUAAUUACUAACAUUAUUGGAGAAUUGGCUAGUGAUAAAGAAAAAGAGUUGGUUAAUACAAGUGUGGAUAAAGUUACUGAUGUUGAUAAUGAUGAAUACAUGGAUACUUCACAUGGAGGAAUUAAAAAACCCCAGCCAUUAAAAAGAAAAAAGAAACGGGCAUCAUGGCAAAUGGGUGUCGUGCCUAAAAGUAAGAAGAGAAAAACUUGUCAAACAACUAAUGAUUCAUCAAACUCCACUGGAGUUACAUCCGAAGACACUAAAAAUGAUUCCGCAAAUAUAUCUAACGAGAAUGAUCUUGAUAGCGGUGAUUUAACAUUAAAUGAAAAUAAAGAUAAAACGAAUACAAAAGCACUAUCUAAAAUUAUUGAAAAGAAACAAUUGUCUGUGACAAUUGAAAAAAUUCAAGAUACUGUUGAAGAACUACCUUACCCAGAAAUAGAACUAAAUCAGUUGAUCGAAUACGCAUGGACUGGACAAGAACGAUACAAAUGUCUUCUGUGUCCAUUUAGUGGUAAAAAUAUUGUUCAUCAUUAUAUACAUAAUCAUCCUAAAAAUGAAACUAUGAUUUCACGAUUGACUUUAUUAGACGCAAAACGUGCUAUUGAUGAAGCUAAAGAUGAAGAAUUUAUAAAGUUGUCUGAAAAAGUAAACAGUGGACCCACCCGAAAAUUCAUCUGUAGAUUUUGCGCUUAUACUUUUGAAGGAGAAAAAAAUAUUGCUAUGGAACAUUUCUAUGAGCAUUGCACAACUCAUACUGGUGAGUACAGAUUUUCGUGUAAGUGCAAGUAUCAAACAACUAUUAAAUCUUCAAUGCGAGCACAUUAUUAUAAAAUAUGUCGGAAAAGUAAUGAAAACUUUGCAGUUUCUAUUCAUGAAGAUCCAAUUCCUUCUGAGGAAUAUAUUCCUGGUUAUUUAUGUUCUCUCUGUAAUUUCAUUCAAUUAAAAGAACAUAAUAUUAAAAAUCAUAUUGAAAAAAUUCAUAAAAGUAAUUCAGAUAUAGAAAUUAUUAAAAUUAAUAUGUCUGGAUACUUAAAAGUUAAAGAUAGUGUCGAUUUUGAUAGAUCAUUCGGUGAAUCAAUGACAUUAAAAUAUGAAUCAGAUUCUGCUGAAGAGAAUGAUUCUAAAAUUAAAAAAAUUGAAAAGGAUAAACAAGAAGCUAUAAAAACUAACGAUGAUGUAGUUGAAAUUCUUUUGAAAAAUAGUUUGGCUGAAAAGUCUGAUCCUAUUCAAGAUGAUGGUGAUAAUUCUUUAUCAAAAAAACUAAAUGCAUUUGUUUGUCCUCCCGAACUUGAAAAUAAAGAAGUUGAGAUUCAAUUGGAGCGUAAGAAAAAAAUGCAAGAAAUUGCUGAUAACAUCGGAUUGAAAAUUCAAAAGGAUACUAAUGAAAAAAGAUUUUCUAUUAUCGAUGAGCUGAAAAAUAAAAUGACGACUUCAGAAACACACUCUGUAUCAGAUAAUACUAACGUAGAAGAUGGUGAAUAUUUAACUCUUCAUAAUGACGAAGUCACUGAACGAGUAGCUAACGAUGUAUCAGAACUUUCAGCAACUCAAUUAAUUGAUGCAUUUGAUGAAGAGCCAAGAUUUAAAUCGGAAUUUAUUUCUCAAACUUCAUCUUCAGUAAUUCAUCAUACAUCUACCGAAUCUUGUGGUGAAAAUACAUUAAAGAUUGAUGAAGAAGCUGAUGCGAUGAGUGUUGAAAAAUCUGAUAAAAAAAUGAAAGAUCCGCUUGCAUUAUUUCAUGAUGAUGCUCAAAAAGAUUGUAAUAGUGAGUUAGAAGAAGCUAGUGAUUUUGAAGCUGCAGCUGAUGUUAGUAGACCUUAUGAAUCUGAUUCAAGUGAUGAAGUAUCAGAUACUGAAAUCCAAACGGCUGUUAGUUCUUUACUUAAACAGACUAUAAAUACAUCAACAAAAGUACCAAUGAUGAAUACUAUUCAUCGUUUAGCAGCACAAUUACAAGGCGAUAAAAGUUUCACUGCUACUAAUUCCGAAGAAACAACAAAAGAUACUGAAGAUGACGCUGAUAAUGACUUGAUGGAAACAGAUGAUACUUUUAUGAAACUUCCGAUAAUUACAAAUGUAGUGAGCGAAUCUGUAGAAAAAGAAUCACCGGCCCAAGAACAACUUUCGGUGAUAAAACAAACUGAUGAUAGUGCACCAAAAAAUUUCAUUCGCUUACGUCGGCUUCCUGGAGAUUUACUUUCUACUGGAGAUUCAGAUUCUAAUAAAAAGAUAAGUUCUGAGAGCUCGUCAGUAUCUUCUGUAGACUCUCCUACAGCAGAAACUGGACCAGAAACAACCGUUUCAAACCCAGAAGAAAAUGUUGUACAAUCAUCAUCUGAUAUUGUACAUUCUGGUGAAGAAGAGGGUUCCUUUUUAAAAAUUGAAAAUGUUGUAAGCCUUGCACCGUCUUACGGUAAUCCUAGUGAUGAGCCACCUCUUGUAACUAAUAUAAGAAAAGCUGUCGGAACAUCACCAGUAACUUCGGCUAAGUCGGUUCCUGUGUCAGUACUUAAAAAAGUAAUGACUCCGAAUAUUUUAAAGAAAUUCCGUCCGGUGAAUAAUGUAGACGGGUUGUAUUCUCUACCUGUAUCAUCGACUUCAAAUACAGUUACAGUUCCUCGGCCAACUUCGUCGACUCCUGGAUCGAAAAACUUUAAAAUUGUGAAAGUCUUGAGACGGGGAUCAACAAUAUUAAAACCAAAAGAUCCGGGUCAAAAUACUGCUGCAUCAAAAUUGAAAAAUCCUGAUGCAUAUAAAGCAAUGCUAACAGUAUCCAAACUUCGGCAUUUAUACAAAUGUAUGUCUCGAUCGUGUAGCUUCUCAACAGAUUCAUGUGAUGCAUUUGGUAAACAUUUCCAACGUCAUGCGGAAUUUAAUAGUAAUCAGUCAUCUGAUGUAUGUGACUACCAAAGGUGCGCAUAUUGCGAUGAUUUAUCAAAAACUUGGGAAGAUAUGCAAGCUCACUAUAAAUCAAGACAUUCGUUUUGUUCAUUUCAAUGUACCUAUUGCUUUUAUCGAGCUUUUACUCAGUCUUAUGUUGAAUUACAUCAAAAAACAAGACAUCCUGGUAAACCUAUUUCCGUUAUUCUUGGAAUGCGAGACUACCAUCCAGCUGAAAUGAUUGACAGACGUGAACAUGUAUUACCUUUUAUAUGUAAACACGAAUGUAACAAAUUAUUCUAUGUUCCUGAAGCUUUCAUUGCUCAUUUAAAAACAAAACACGGUUCAACAUUAGCACUUUUUAAAUGUCACCUCUGUGAAACUACUAAUUUUAAAGCCGAAUUACUUAUAAAUCACUACAAAAUGCACGGAAUUUAUAAAUAUCAAUGUUUAUAUUGUCUUUCUGGAGCUGAUGCCACAAUAGAACUUCACAAUCACUUGGGUACUAGCCAUUGCAAUCGUCCACCAAAAAUACUAGAAAGAUCGUUACCACCUCAGCCUGUCAGAGAUAAAGAUGUUUUAUUACAAUUAAUUAUUAGAAAUCUUGACGAUAAUUACAAGUGUACUGAGCUUAAAAUUGUAAAUGAUGGAGACAAUAAUACUAAACAACUUAAGACAAUUCGUCCCAAGCCACCUGUACAACCAAUUAUUUCAAAUAGUAUUAUAUCUGGUAAAAAUCAAGUCGUCCCAUCGACCAGUAAUAUUAAAAUUACUGGAUUGGCUAAGCCUCCAAUACCAAUUUUACCACGACCAACUAAUUCAGCCAAUCAACGUUCAUCGGUUAAAGUUAUUGGUCCUCGAGAUAUUAUUAGUAUACUUGAAAAUGAUCGAGAUUCAAAUGGUCAACCCAUUCAACUUACUGCUAAUACUAAAGAAAUGAUUAUCAAAGAAUCAAACAAUUUUAGUCACAAUGGAGGUAUCACAGUUUUGAAAAUAGCGGAAAAACCAUUGGGUUCUUUGAAACCAUUACAUGUACCGCGAACUGAUAAUUCAACAACAAACUCGGUUAAAAAUAAAAAUAUUGAUUAUUCUUCAAGCUCUAAUUCAGAUGCAAUGUCAGCAAUGCAUCCUGAACCUGAAUUAGAACUGCGAUAUGUUAGUGAUCAGUUAAAAACACAAAUAGUUAAUGCCGUUGAUCCAUUGAGCAUUCCUGAUAAUCCAAAUUGUCAAGAUGAAUUUAUUAAUACAAACUUUUUUGAUAACAAUGAAAUAUUGAAGCCUACAGAACAAUCAUUGUUAAAUUUUGAUAAAAAUGAAGUUACUAAAACUCCUGACAAUGAUGAUACUAAUAAUAAUAACAAUGAUGAUGAUGAUGAUGGUGAUGAUGCUGAUGAUGAUGAUAACGAUAGUGAUAUUGAAAUUUUAGAGUACAUUCAGCACUCAGACAAAACAACAAAUAAAACAAAUGAUAAUCAAUCAUCUGUACAAUCAACAUCUGGAGAAUCAGAAUUUAAACCAAGUAUUGAAAAGAUAGAAUCAUUAAAUCCUGAAGAUUUUAGAAAUACGAUAUCAGAAGAUAAAUUAGAAUUACAGGAUUUUAGUAAUGCUGAUAAUUCAACUGCAAAUAAUUUAACAGAAAAAAGUAAUACAGGUGCUAAUAAAAUAUUUAAAACACUUGAUGAUAUCAAGCAUACUGGGUAUGCAGGUACUGAUCUUUACAAAUGUGGAUAUUCUGCAUGUGAUUUUAGUGCAGAAGUACCUGGAGUUUUAAAAGAACAUAUUAUCCAAUGUGAAUUGGCGAAUGAAGCAAAAGAAUUAUUUUGUGUUCACUGUCAAAAACGAUUUUUUAAAAUUGGAUAUCUCUUAGAUCACUUUAAAUCACAUGGAUUAAAACGAUUUGAAUGUUCACUCUGUAAUCAACGUUUUCCUGUAUCUCAUCAAGCUGUCAGUCAUAUGAAAAUGAAACAUAAAUCUAAUCAUAGAAUGUUACCAGCUGAUCCUACUAACCCAUCAGAAAAUGGUCUUUUUAUUCUUCAUGCUUGUAAAAAUCCUGUUAAAAUUAAAAAAGGUAAAAUAAAAGGUAAUUCUAAGAAUUCAAAAAUUGAGGAAAAAAUAAGUUUUAGUCCUGCGGAUAUUGAAUCAUUACCUCGACAAGCUAUUUAUCAACGUGAAGUACAAUGUGCUGUUUGUCCAUACAAAACAAAAGUUCGUACAAACAUUGUACGGCAUUUACAGCUUCACGCUACUGAAGAAAAUGUCCCUGAAUCGGGACCAGUUAAUCCAGUGCCAUGUUUAGAUAAAAAGGAAAGAAUGUUUGAUAAAAUGGUUAAUUUAGCGAGCAGUUCUCAUCAAAAUGGUCGUAUGAGUACUGGCGCACCUAAAGAAACUGUAUCACAGAAUGAAAUUGAAUCUCUACCGAAAUUUGUUCCAGAAAACAAAAGGUAUAUCUGUAGUGUAUCACUCUGUAACUAUAUAACUGUCGAAGAAUCGACGUUACGAGAUCACAUGAAAGCUUUACACCCUGAAGAGCAAUACUUUCGAUGUCCUCACUGUCCUACACCAUCGCCCGGGCAAGAUUCUCAGAAUAUAAUUAUUGAUAAGAUGGGAGUACACUUGAAAAUGCAUGACACAAAAUUAUAUAAGUGUUCACAUUGCAAUCAUCAUCACUAUCACAGACAUGUGGUCGAACGUCAUUUAACAGAUAAACAUCCAGAAAAAAGACCAUUUGUAAAAGUAAUACGAGAAAUUGAAAAUGCAGAAAAUAGCCAGCCAACAACUUCACCAGAGGAAGCUGAAGAUGGGCCAUGUGAUAAAGACGGAAAUUACUGGAAAUGUAAUUUAUGCGAGCACAAGUGUGCGUACAAACAUGAAAUGGCAUCACACAUGAUAUCCACUCAUAAUGAAAAAUCUCAGUUUAAAUGUGGACUUUGUAUUUUUAAAACACCAUCAAAGAUGUCUUUAGAGCAACACAUUGUUUCUAAGCAUAUUAAUGAUGAUAAUGUAGAUUACACAUUAACUUAUGAACGAGUUAAAGGCACUAAAAAAUUUGUUGAAAGUACCGAUCAAAUCUCUGUUGACGAGCCUUUCGAUACAACACCACUGUGGCGAAGAGACAUGCCAAGAAUCCGACACAUUCGUGGUAUUCUUUAUGAAGAUGAACCGACAUCAACUUCUGAAGCUUCUGGUAAAGCAUCGAAACGUAAAAGUGAUGCAGAAAUAUCUUCAAAGCCAGCUAAAAUAAAAAUUAAAUCAUCAUCUUUAGAUGGCACACCAGAAAAAAAUAAAAUUCAGUACAAAAUUAACGAUGUAGAUAUAGAUUCAUCAAUAAAUACAUCUGUGCAAGGACAUUUCGACCUUGCACUGCUUGAAAAAAAAUAUGGCUCCUAUGGAAAACCUGACGGUGAGCGUUACACCUGCACAAUAUGUAAUUCAUAUAAAUCCCGAUAUCGUCAAGACAUACGGGAUCAUAUAUACAGAGAACUUCAAUACUGGCGAAUGCAUUGUAAAUCAUGUGGAUAUAUGGCUGUAUCUCAUUCUUAUUUAACAAAACAUGUUAAUCGAGUACAUAAAAAUACUAAGCCUGAGAUUAUUGCCAUUCAACCUAAUAGAGAAUUAGAAACUUGGGUACAAACACUGAUAAGCAAACAAUUAGCAAUUAUACGUGGGUCAAUGAGUUCUCAUGAUCUGGAUAGUCCCGGUAAAAUAUUUGCUAAAUCACAAGUUAAAUCUAAGGUAGAUUAUAAGAAAGUUAUACCGCCUACAAUAACUUUAGAAGAUUCAGAUAGUUCUGUAGUACCACCAGCGACAAUGGAUACUAGUGUUGAAAGCGCUAAAAAAGUCGAUCUUACAGAGAAAAUUUCAAAUAUGCAGGAUGUAAAUAGUGGUACUAUGCAUAUUGAUUCUGAUUUCAAUGAUAAUGAUAACGAUGAUGAUGAUGAUGAUGAUGACAAUGCGCUUGUUAUUGAUAGUAAAGAUGAUUCUACUAUUGAAGAAAAUAAGAGCAAUAAAGUAAUAAAAAUAAGUGCAACAGAAAGUACUUGUACUGAAACAAAAUCGGAACCAGAGAAGUCACUUAUUUGCAAGCAUUGUGGCGCUAAAUUUUCAAGAUGGCGUGGUUUUAAAACACACGUUGGAAUAAAUCAUCUUAAACGUUUUAACUUUUUGUGUCCUUACUGUGAUCGAAGUGUUAAUUCUGAAGUAAUGAUGCGUCAGCAUAUACGCAACAAACAUCCUGGAUGUCCUGAAACAAUAAUAAAUAAUCCUGCAGCAAAUGGUCCAGAGCUUACUGAUGAAUUUUGGGAGCGGGAGUACGGUUUAAUACGACAAAAAAAAUCUAAAAAACGUAAAAUAAAAAUAGCUAAUACAGAAGAUAAAUUUGAAAAUAAUGAUAAAGUGGGACCAGGAGAUAUUUGUGUAGUUUGUGGAUUCACAGCAAUAAAUGCAACUGGUUUAGCGGCUCAUAUGAGAGCUCAUGCCAAGAAGCAUACAUUAAAAUGUGCCUACUGUAGUUUUACUGCUAAUUCUAAAUCCGAUGUUUGGCAACAUUCGGAAAUAAAUCAUCCGUUAGAGGAUUGGAAAGCUGAAGAAAUAAAUACACCUGGAACAUCAGACCAGCCACCCCAACAGUAUACUAAAAUUCGUAAUGAACAAGAUUAUAGUAACGACAUUGAAGAAGAAAAGGUUGCAAAUCCUAGUAAUAUUGAAUCUAUUUACGACUGUUUCUAUUGUAAUUUACGAAGUUCGUCAUUGGAUUCAAUAAAAAAACAUUGGUGUAAGAUUCACAGGGAUUACAAUGAAGCUUCUAAAUUUAAAACAGGAGUACCAUUUCGUUUUAAAGAAUCUCUUGUAAAUAAUUUAUCUAUUCCAAAGUUUAUGAAGUGUGGAUACUGUCCAAAAAAAGGUUCAAUAGCUCUUAUGCGAUUACAUUGUCGUAAAAAACAUCAAAAUUUACCGCCAAAAUUUUCUGAAGCAGUAGAUAAAUCUCGAGAUAUUUAUAUUUGUAAAUGGUGUAAUGAAGUUUGUGAAUCAAAUACUAAAAUGAAUCAUCACAAUAUGUGCCAUUCGCACUUACCUAUACGCUUUAGACGAGAGGAAGAAAUAUCAGCAGUCCAAAGAGGAUAUGCUUGUACUGUCUGCGAUUUUAGUAAUGUUUCUCUUAUGCGAGUGAAAAGACAUAUUGGUAAGCAUUAUGAUAAUUACAGAUGCAAACGAUGUGAUGAAAACUUCCCUACUAUAGCUUUGGCUACUCAGCAUAGUACUAAAGAACAUCCAAGUCUCGCAGCAGCUAUAGAAGGAACUAUCUCUAAUUUAGACUCCUUAUUGGCUGGCAUUACUGAAACAUAUGUUACUAGUAAUUCAUCAACUAACAGUGGUAAUGAUGACACUAUUCCAUCACAUGAAAUAUUCAGAAAUCUCGGUGUAGCUAAAAAAUCUACUACCAAACAAUUAUUACGACCGUCUACAGGAUCUGUCGUUAGAGCUGUUGCUAAAAAAUCAACGCACCCCUUGCCUAGAUAUCCCCCUGGUGUUGUAUUUCCUAUUGAUGAUUUAGAGGGUGAUUUAGAUGGUCAAUCUUCAACAAAAUCUGAGGGUUUCAGUUAUUAUGGACUUCCAAGGGAACCUAUUGAUUUAUCUAAUCUAAGCACUACGAUGACUGUUGGUAGUUUUAAAACUAAAAUUGAAUGUACAGCAUUAGCUAAACUUUUUAAUAUUGAUCCAAAUGUCAUUUUGACAGAUAUUCAAACAGAACAAAAAUAUUCCUCUCUUAUACAGUAUCAGGCACCAUCGCCAUCAUUACAACAACAACCACAACCAUCAUCGUCAUUAUCAUCACUGCCGUCACCCUAUUCAUCAUAAAUAGUUUAUAACUUUAAUUAAUAGUAUUUUACACACCUAGGGCAGUAAAAUUUGAGAUAUUUCUUACUUUACUGCUCAAGGAGUGUAUACUAUUUUUCUCCUCGACGGAGGCGGAAAGCGGCAACUUCGUUUUGUACAGUGGGACGAAAGUUGACGCUUUCCGUCCGGAGGGGAGAAAAUUAUUUUAUUUACAUUGUAACAUUUUUAUGUUAAUGACAGUUAGUGUAAUUAUGUCUCAGCUAAUAUUUUAUUUUAUAUUAUUUUAAAUCUGCAAGCAUUAUCCUAAAUUGUAGUUAGUUAUUUAGGAAAACUAAAUAAGUUGGAGCGUGUUGUCUGUAAUAAUUGUUAAUGUUUAUCAGAAUGGAUAAACUGUAAUUAACAUUAAUAAUUAAUUUAACACAUAAUCAAUUCCAUGUUUGUAAAGAUGAUAAAUUUCAUUUUCUGCUCCAAUUUUUUCUUUAAUGCUGUCUAUUUUAUGUAAAGUACAUAAAAAUACAGUAAAAUAUGUAAUGUAUUAUUUCAGCUCGUAAAACGAAGACUGAACCAAGUCUGGCAACAGUUAUGUACAUAUUGUAUAACAUGGAAGUUUAAACAAUAAAUAUUUUUAAUUUUUAUA